AUGCAGCUUCAGGGCCUCAGAACGAACAGCUUUCGACAGACGCUAAGGUUCAUUGACCAGCGUCCAAGCAGUAUACUGCGCCGUACGAUAGCAUCAGCAGGAACACAGAAGACACCAAAGCCCUUCAAUGAGCCCAAUCUGCACUACGCAAAGUCAUCGCCGGAGCGGCAGAAGCUGGAAGACACCCUGAGCCAGCUCCGCUCACAAUUACCAGUCUCGAUUCGCACUGCUUUCAGUUCCAACAGCCAACACUUGUCACAGAUCCUACCCCAAGACCACCAAACCGUGCUCGCCAACUACACAACCGCCACCCAAAAUGACGUUUCAACCGCCAUCGAGUCAGCACUGCAAGCCAAACAGGAAUGGGCCGACAUGCCCUUCGUCGACCGGGCUGGGAUCUUUCUCCGAGCAGCCGAGUUGGUGUCAGGCAAAUACCGCUUCGAGUUGAUGGCAGCUACCAUGCUCGGACAGGGAAAGAAUGCCUGGCAGGCAGAGAUUGAUGCAGCCGCAGAGCUUGCCGACUUCUUCCGUUUCAACGUCGGCUUCGCUCAGGAGAUCUAUGAUCGUCAGCCACAAUUGACAGCACAAGGUCAUGCGGGACGAACAGACUGGCGUCCGCUGGAAGGCUUUGUGUACGCCGUCUCCCCAUUCAACUUCACUGCGAUCGGAGGCAAUCUGGUAUCGGGACCAGCACUACUUGGCAACGUCGUCAUCUGGAAGCCAGCUCCUGCAUCGGUAUACGCCAGCCACUUGGUCCACCAAAUCCUCCUUGAAGCCGGCCUGCCUCCCAACGUGGUCCAGAUGGUGAACGGCGAUGCGAGAUGA